GGUCUCUCGCGUCACCGUCGCCUCUCUCUGGCUCUGUCUCGAGAACGAAGAUCGAAAGAAGAAGCCACGAGCCAGCUGAAUCAAGCACGCGGUGCCAAGUUGGAUCUCUGAAAGUCGAGAGUUACAAGUGAUUGGUUCUCUUUGGAGAACUGAAGCUUGAAUGAACAGCGAGGCGAUCGCGAGGUGGGCGAGGAUGCUGAAGAUCGUCAAGGUCGGCUCGAACGGACUCAGAAGGUUGCACACGAGCAAUAAGAGACGAGCGGCGGUACCAGCGUCGAACAAGUUGGGGAGUGUAAAAUACUUGGACGCUGCAUUCGGAAGUGCCUUAGAAUUAGAACGAGCACAGACACGCGAGUACAGCUUCAUUCAUGACAGCCAUUACAUGUACACCAGAGACCAAGAUCAAGCGACGAACGCCGAAGAUGUUCUCUUCGACAUGUUCAAGAACGAAGAUACCGGUCUUCUAGCAGUGGGGAAAUUUUUGGCGGCUCUGAGAACAACCGGUCUGCGAAACGACGACCCCAGGCUUCAAGAAUUCACGGACAAUCUACGAAAGGAACACUUGAAAUCCGGUGGCCACGAGGGUGUGUCCCACGAGACGCAAAAAUUAAACAGGGAACAAUUUAGAAGAAUUGUAAAUCCGAACAUAGUGUUGAUCUCGCGAGCGUUCAGGCAUCAAUUCAUCAUCCCCGACUGGUCGGGCUUCACCAAGCACAUAGAGGACUUCUACUGGAAAUGCAAGACGAACUCGGAGGGCAAGGUCGCGUCGUACAUACCUCAGCUGGCGAGAAUGAAUCCAGAUUACUGGGGCGUUUCCGUUUGCACGAUCGACGGACAGAGAUUCAGCAUCGGCGACACCUCGAUCCCGUUCACUCUGCAGAGUUGCAGCAAGCCUUUGACAUACGCGAUCGCCUUGGACAGACUCGGACAGGAAGUGGUCCAUCAAUACGUCGGCCAGGAACCAUCCGGACGAAACUUCAACGAGCUGGUGCUGGAUUACAAUAAGAAACCUCAUAAUCCGAUGAUCAACGCUGGAGCGAUCCUGGUUUGCUCCCUCCUGAAGUCUCUAAUCAAACCUGAGAUGACAUUGGCCGAAAAAUUCGAUUUCACGAUGAACUAUUUCAAGAAGCUGGCAGGUGGAGAGAAUCUCGGCUUCAACAAUGCUAUCUUUCUGUCGGAAAGGGAGGCUGCCGACCGAAAUUACGCGCUUGGAUUCUACAUGAGGGAGCACAAUUGUUAUCCCGAUAAAUCGAACCUGAAAGAAAUCUUGGAUUUCUAUUUUCAGUGUUGCUCGAUGGAAGCGAACUGCGACACAAUGGCAGUGGUGGCGGCCACUUUGGCAAACGGUGGCAUCUGCCCUAUCACCGAGGAGAAAGUUUUAAAGCCUGAUAGCGUUCGAGAUGUUCUCAGUUUAAUGCACAGCUGUGGAAUGUACGACUACAGUGGCCAAUUCGCGUUCAAGGUUGGCAUCCCAGCGAAGUCCGGAGUGUCAGGAAGCCUCCUGGUAGUGAUACCAAACGUGAUGGGCAUUUGCACGUGGUCUCCGCCGUUGGAUCCCCUUGGAAAUUCCUGCAGGGGCGUUCAAUUCUGUCAGGAACUCGUCUCCGAGUUCAACUUUCAUAGCACCUACUAUGAUCACAGGUACGACAACCUGAAACACGCGACCAACAAAAAGGACCCGAGGAGGCACAAAUACGAGACCAAAGGGCUGUCGAUCGUUAAUCUAUUGUUCAGCGCGGCCAGUGGCGAUGUCACCGCGUUGAGAAGGCAUCGAUUGAGUGGCAUGGACAUGACACUUUCGGAUUACGAUGGCAGAACAGCUUUGCAUUUAGCUGCCAGCGAGGGUCAUCUGGAUUGCGUCGAAUUUUUAAUCGAACAGUGUGCAGUUCCUUACAACCCUAAAGACAGAUGGGGAAAAAGACCGAUCGACGAGGCAGAAACAUUCGGACAUAUGCAGGUGGUGGAAUACUUGAACAAUUACGCCAUAAGCCAGAAAACAGAAGCGGAGAACAAAGAGAAGGAGAGCAGUAACAAUAACGGGGACGGGGAUCAACGAAAAGUGGAAUCGACGGUUCAGACACCGUAAGAUCACGGUGCAGCUUUAGAUAGAAUAUUUUUGAUUGACCAACGAUUACACAGGAGAAAAUAAUGGAGAAAUCUCGAGAUCACAGUGAAUUGAUUAUUUUCCUACGACAACACACUUUGCCGCUGAUUCAGCUCGUUUCUCGACGAAUUAUAAUUGAAUUUGCAAUCUUGUUGCUACCAUCGAACACUAUAAAUUAUAUAUAAGUUGUAGAAGUUUCUUUCUGUUUGUAUCUUAAUUCUCUCGAUUUGUUUGUCUUUUUGAACGAGUGUGUGUGUAUAUAUGUAUGAAUUACAAAGGACGUAUGAAUGAUUUUUCUUUCGAAGUACAUUGGUUAUGCUUGUAUCUUUUUUUUUUUAUCAAUUCACAGGGCAUUUUUAGUGCGAAAAAUUCGUACCUUCCUUUACGAAGAGAGCUAUGAAAGAGUGCUAGUAUUGUCAGAGUAAUUUUACAGUAUUAUUCACGUGAUUUAAUUUCUACUUACGACGAUGAAUAGUUGAGGAGUUGGGUGCGAAAAUCUUGAAGAAAUGAAAUUGCUAAAUCUCUUGAGAUCUAGACAAAUUGAAAGAAUAUUCAUAGAUCAUUUUCGAUCAAUUAUUUAAUAUCAUACGUAUACAAAUAUUCUCCAAAAACUUCGUCUCGAUAUUCCAUAAUUAACAAUUCAAACAUAGCCAUAUAUUUGAAAGACUAAAACUAAAACUUUUGUCAAAAACAACCUUAUGAGUAAUUUAACGUCUUCGUUAUGAAAAUUUUACUUUUGCAAAAGCCUUUAAUAUCUCGCAUUAUUGUGACAUGUCGUCUUCUUCGCACUGAACUCCUUAAUUCAUAUCUCUUUUUUUGUAAUAUAUGUACUUAUACGUUGGUGCUGAGGUACUAAUUUAGAUUUUGAACGAUUGUACAAGAGAAGAGAAGUGUGUCGAUGAUAAUUGUCUCAUAUAAAGAGCAUUUCGUUUGUUUGUGUAAUAGUCGUUCCUACGUAUCCAUCGAUAUAAGAGUAAACUUUGUAUAUUAAGUGAGAAAUAUUCCUUAAUUUACAAUUAAGAAUCGUUCCCUUUCGAUUUGUAAUCGAGACUUUAUUAAUUUUAAUUUUCUAUAACGUCGUAUAACUUCAAUAUACAUAAUCCAUAUAUUUAUGUAAUGUCAUAUUACUUUUAAAAUUUCAUUUUAUUACUACAUUUCAUUUUAUCGUUCUAUGUUUCAUCAACGUACUAUUAUAUUAUAUUGAUUUAUUUAUAAUAAUUGACGUUUUAAAUCGAAACAGAAACUUGUGAACACAAACAUAAGCAAAAUUGUCCGUGAAAAAUUAUGUACGCUACUGGCCAUAAAUAUCAGAGUAUAUAAUAAACAUAUAAGGCGAAUGAAAUAACAUAUUUACAAUAAAAUAACUAUAAAGUACAUAAACAGCUACAAAAGCAAUUGAAGUAUUUGCAACAAUAAAGAGGUAACUGCACUAGUUUCACAAGAGAAGCAUUCAAAUGUGAAUGUAUCAAAUACAUAUGUACUACAUGUAUUGUGUAUGUAUGUAUAAAAGUACAAAGCCUAUUGCUAAGUUUAUUGGUUUAAACUAGUACUGAAUUCUUGUUGAUUUGUUCAAAUCAUUGGAAAAUAGAUCUGCCUCUUUAUUAUUGGAGAAAUUACUUCAAUUAUUAGUAUGUAAUGAAACUUAUAGCCGGUAGUGUAAUGCUUGAUAAUAAUUUGAUUGAAUUUGCAGUUUAUAGAUUUAAUCCAAUCUAAUUUCGUUUCAAACGAUUUUGCGUUAUCUUUAAACAACCGAAACCGUGAUCCACUGUGUCGUACGUGUAUAUAAAAUCAUUAGUCGAGAGGACAGGGAUCGUAAAUUCCUAAAUAGCAAAUGAGGAGAGGAAAUAAGAAAUAUCUGUCGUCUGUUUCCCGUACGAGUGAUACUUCUCCACAUUUAUUUGGAUUGAUUUCUAAAAGAAACACGUUCUCUUCUAUGCGUUGUCCGCUUUACAAAUCUAAAUUGCCGAUUAGAGGUGGAGUGUUAGCGUCACGUUUCGUCAAUUACCUCGAAAUCUGCCUUAAAAAUCGACGAAAGAGUGAAGAGUAAGUAGUGGAGGUACUUGCCGCACUGUACUUCGUACGAUUCUCCAUUGUCUCGCGACAGAAAAAAAAAAGAAAAAAAAAAGAAAAUAGGAUAAGCUUCGUGGAAAACACAGGGAUGCCGCUUGAUUCGAAUCUUUCGCCUGGAAAGAGAAUUUUCACGUUCGAAAUGAUUCCCUAGAUAAGAAACAUAUCGUUCUGAGCGCGUGUUCAAAUUCGGAAGUUUCUUUGCGAUUCUUGCCAAGUAUAUUUUAAUGCCUACGAAGAAGAAUCUGUCACGAUAUUUCUGAAAUUUCUUAGUCUGAUCGGAAAAGAAUUUCAGUUUAGUAGCAUCGCAGUGUUUUGCUUCUACUUAAUUUGGAAUAAAUGUAAUUGAAACCAUGAAUGCUGAGACUGCUUGUAUUUAUUUUUUCUACAAUGUUAGCUAAACUUAGAAAUCUCUGAGAGAUCAUUGUGGAAAUUUCUAACAAGUGCUUAAAAAGAACUAUAUAUAUAUAUAUAUAUAUAUAUGAGCGUUUUUCCUCAAAAACGAAAAAAAGAAAAAAAAGAGAGAGAAGCAAACAGCGUUCUUUCAUCUUCCGAGUUUAUUCAGAAUCGCUGGGAAAUUCGUGUAGUUGUCAUUAAUUAAUAAGUGUUAAAGUGUUACAUGAAAAACUUAUACUGAAAGGGUAGAUUAGCAGAGACACGUACAAUAAACGUCAAUUAUUUUCUUCCACAGUCAGAAUAACGGGGGGGGGGGGGGGGGAUGAAACUAGUUCGAUCGAUGUAGAGAUCAAAAAGGGAAAAGAAGAAAGAGAAACCGGCUAAUAUUUAGAAGUGUCGUAUUAAAUAGAUCUUUCGAAUGUUCUACCUUCGCGAGUACGUCAAUUUCAAGGUUUGAAUUUUCCGUCAUUUAAAUGUUUCGAAACGUCCAGUUAAUUGAUAGUUAAUGAAUAUUACGUAUAACAGGAUGUUCUUCCAAUGGAUGAAAGACAAUAACGAUAUAUAACUUUUGGAAAAAGUGCUUAUCCAAAGCUGAUUUUUAGCUUUCAAUUAACGACACUGUAUUUUU